CAGCAGUCGGCGACGAGCGGAGCGCGCACGCGGCUCGCAGAAGGCAGGGCGCGCAACACGGCGGCCGUGCAUGGUGUGAGAGCCAGGGGCCUCGGAUGAACCAGCGCGCUCCCAUGUCCGGUCGCCAACGCUUGAACAAUAUUGAUAAUAAUUUGCAAGUGCUCGUGCGCGGGUGACUGGCGCGAUGGGGCGGUCGCAGAGCCCCAUGGAGCUCGGCUAGAGGCGCCCCCACGGCUCCGGCACCCCCGCUGCGGCAUCGGCAUGGAACCGCCCGACCGCGACCGCGACCGCGGACACCGCCCUCUGGCCUUCGACAAGAUGGAGGCACUGGUGCGGGAGAUGCAGGACGCUGAGACCGGGGUGCCCGUGCGCAGCCAGAAACUCUUCCUCACUUCCAUCCCCUCUGCUUUCAUGGGUUACGACCUCAUUGAAUGGCUAAUGGAGCGCCUCAACAUAGAAGAAUCUGCUGAGGCGGUCCACUUAGCCAAUCAACUCUGCCAGUACGGAUACUACUUCCCUGUCAGCGACUCCAAAAAUUUGAUUGUAAAGGACGACAGCUCCCUCUAUCGUUUCCAGACCCCGUACUAUUGGCCCUGGCAACACCGCAUGCCGGACAACGUGGAGUACGCCAUCUACCUGGCCAAACGCACACUACGCAACAAGCAGCGCCACGGACUCGAAGACUACGAGCUGGAUGCACUCACCAGUCUGAGGAAGAAUCUGCAAAACAAGUGGGACUUCAUAACGAUGCAAGCUGAAGAACAGGUGCGGCUGGCGAAGGAGCGCAAGAAGGGAGACAAGAUCGUGAGCGACAGCCAGGAGCGCGCUUACUGGCGGGUGUACCGGCCGCCGCCCGGCUACACGCACCACCUGGAGCCCGCGCCCGUGCCCGCCUGGGGGCGCGCCGCAGCCGCCGCCGCGCGCGCCAAGAGGCGCUCCUCAGACGACGUCAAGCGUGAGGUGGACUUCCUGAGGAGCUGCUUGGUGCGCACGCGCGUCAAGGUGUCGCAGGCGCUGGACAACCUGGUGCAGCACUGCACCACCUACGUAGAGUACGACCCGCUGCUGUCCGGCGUGCAGCCUUCCAACCCUUGGACCACCGAUGACCCCGCUUUCUGGCUGCUCAACAGUCCCCUAGUCGAAGUUCCAACAGAGAAGAGAGUGAAGCGCUGGGCGUUAUCCAUGGAAGAACUCGUCUCCGACCCAACAGGUUUACAGGAGUUUACCAACUAUUUGCGCAAGGAAUACAGCCACGAGAAUAUCCGGUUCUGGAUGGCCGUCAACGAUCUAAGGAGGAGCGCGCAAUCACAGAUUCAUCGCAAAGUAAAGGAGAUAUUUGACGAGUUCCUGGCCCCGGGGGCGCCAUGCGAGAUCAACAUCGACGGCAAGACCAUGGAGAAGGUGCACCAGGAGCUGCGAACGCCCACGCGCUUCACUUUCGACUCCGCGGCCGAGCACGUGUACACGCUGCUGCUCAAGAAGGACUGCUACCCGCGCUUCGUCCGCUCCGAACAGUACAAGGCGCUGCUCGCCGCCGGCGUCCAGCCGCUGCAGAAAAAGAGGUUCUUCGGGUUCGGUGGUCCGGCGAAGAAGAAAUCUUCGACGUGCAACCCUCCGAACGUGGCGCUGCUGCAGCAGCAGAUGGCGGCGGCGGCCAGCGGGGGCGGAGGCGGCAGCGUGGGCGGUAGCGGCGGCGGGGGAGGGGUGUCGCUGGGGCGUCGGCGCGGCAGCGAGCGCAGCCUGUCCGGCUCGGUGCACGAACUGGUGGCCGCCGGCGUGCGGGAGCCGCCCCCACGCGUGCCGCACUCGCACAGCCAGUCCAACCUCAGCGACAUCCCCUACAGGGGGGACCUGGAGAGCCGGGCGUAUGCGGCUGCGGUCCGGUGGUUCAGCCCGGACCCUACUCCAACGAGCAGUAGCAAACCCGAUGGCGAGGAAGCGGGGGUCAGCGGGGGCGGAGGAGAGGAAGAAGACAGCAGCAUCGCGGGUGGCCAAGAGGAGGUGGUGCCGGCGGCGGCGGCGGCGGCGGCGGUGGCGGAGGCGGUGACGGAGGCGGCGGAAGGCUCUCCUGGGGCGGUUGUCGAGUCGAGCCCCUUGUCACCCGCAGCCACAUCUGAGGGGGCAGAGGCAGCAGCUGUGCCGCUAGUGGCGGUGGCGGCGGCGUCGGUGGAGGAGGAGGUGGAGGCGCUGCCGGGGGCUGGCGAGCAGCAGCCGGCAGAGGCCGCGCCCGCCCCCGCACCGCCGCCAGCUUCGCCGCCGGCCGCCUCCGCCGCCCCCGGCCCGUCGUGCUCGCGUCGCAGGUGGGAGGAGGCGGCGCCGGCGCCGUUGCCGCUGCAGCACCGCCGCCGCGACUCGUCCGCCAGCUCCUCUUCAGAGCUGAGCCUGCACCGCGUGGGCGUGGGGCCGCCACCGACGCAGCCGCCGCCCGAGAAGGCGACGCGCGCCACGUCGGAGGAGCGCGUGGUGGCGCGCAUACAGACGGUGCGCAAGUACUCGGCGGCGGACGCGCGCCGGCCCUCGGUCGUCGUGUCGCCGGAGGACGCGGGGGCGGCAGCGGUGGCGGGGGCGGGGGGCGAGGACGGCGGCGCGCGCAGGCAGCCGCAGAGGAAGCGCUCCGUGGCGGCGGCGGCGGCGGACUCCGGAGCAUCGCGGCCCGCCGUGCGCAAGGACGGCAGCCUCGACGUGGCCUCCUGCGCUUGGGAACCGGCCGCCGGCGCCGCCUCCCACAAGGGCAACGACGUCUGUCCCUGGGAGGACGAGGAGAGCUGUAAGGUGGAUGCUCCAUACGUGAAGACUUAUGCAACACUUGGUUACCUUUAAAUGUUUUUUUAUGAAGAAUUUAUCCUAAAAACAUUAAGUUAGCAUAAUAGAUUAGUUGAAGCCUUCAGAAGUGAAUUGUUGAGAUCUGUGUUGUUAUUCACUUUACAUUCGUAGUGUCAGCAGCUCUGUCCCUUGAAUAAAAGUUAAUAAAAGAUAGAAUGGCAUGGUAUAUAAUGGCAAAUGGUAGAAUGCAAUGUAGUCACUGUCAAAACUCUCUGAAAGAAUGAUUUAUCAUUAUUAUUUGAGCAGAUUUAUUAAAUUAUGUUGAGUCCUUAAAACUUCUGCUCUUUUUUAUGAAGCUUCUGGAAUAUUAUUUUCCUGGUGGCUUGGCAUGACUUAGAGUUGUUUCUUGAAUAUUUAAUUUAUUUGUACAAGUAACUAUUUAACUCAUAUUUCAUGUUGCUCACCCAAAGAGCUUUCAUUGAUAUAUCAAUGAUCUGUGUCAUAUACUAAUGAUGAUGUUUGUGCCGCUUUAGAAUAUUGUGACUUGUAUUAAUAACUAAUAAAAAUUGCUUAAAGGGAAAAAAUAGAAGUUAAAUGUAGGACUGUGUGUAAGGACAAGCUUAGAUUUAAUAAACAUGUAAACAGCAGCAUCAUUUUCCUUGUUAAUCUGUGUGGUGGAUCCGGCUGGCGCUGAGUUUGUUCAGUGUGAGGCAAAUGUUGUCAGGACUGAAGAGCUGCAAAACUGAGCCCUUGUAACAGCCACGGCCUGACAAUUGCGUCCCACAAUGGGCUCAACUCUUCUGCGCCCCCGGCGCCCCUCACAAAAGCCAAGCUUUGUCUGCUCAACACAGUAUCUUGAAUCAUAUCUUCUCAAUAAAGUAUCUUAAAGAAAGCUGGUUUCCUUCCUACUAUCAGCUCUGAGUCCAUGUGGUCUUGUUUCAGUCUGUCAAAAGAAAGAUUUUGUCAACAUUUUCAGCACUGAAAAAUUUGCUAAGAGAAUAAAAAAAGAAAGAAACAAUUAUUUGAUCCACAUUUAAUGCUCUCAAGGAAAGUUUAUAAAAGUCACUAGACCACAGGAUGUGGGCUAUAAUACAGAACCCUGGACCAAUAUGUAGUUGGGGUGACAAAAUACUGUAUUAACACAAUAUAUAAUUUCAGUAUUAAUACAAUGAAAUUUAUUGCUCUGUUUUGAUAAGCAAUGUAGCUAAGUGUGCUACUCUACAUAUAUAUAUGUAUAUCUAUAUAUAGACACAUAUUACAUUCAUAAGUACUGUAUCAGAUUAUUAUAUAAUUAUCUGCAUGUUAACUUAAGUGUGUGUGUGUUACUAUCACAUACAAACAUAAUCAAAUAAAUUAUGUGGUUAUAUUGGAUGUUGUGGAUGAAUGUGAAUUACUCAAUUAUAAUUAUUACACAUAGUUAUAAAUAUAUUAAACUGAACUGUAGUUUUUAGCUUUCGUAUAAACUUUGCGAUGUUUUAUGUGUGUGGAUGCACACCAUUUGCUUGUUUAAUUCAGUACAGUUAGACAAUGUGUCAUAGAUUUUGUAGUUAAUCAUGCCAAGUCAUCAUAGUAGCUUGAUAUUAUUUUUAAAGUUAGGUAACAGUUUUUUAAUCAGCAGAAAGCUCUAAUUACACAAUAGUUGAGUCAUUAUGAUACAGUAUUGGAUCUUGAAUAAAGAUUUAUCUUGAAGAUAUGUACUUCAUUUAGACUGUGCCAUUGCUUAUUUUAAAUUUAAUUUCAAUGAAAUGGACAGUCAUCUUAUCCAGUCACAAAGAUGAGAUUGAUAGCCACAACAAAGAAGAUUCUAUAAUUAGCAUCUGUUCCACAUAAUAUCUACAAUCUGAAUAUCUGUGUUGUGCUCUUCUGACCAUAAGUGAUGUGGAUCCUCAUUUAUGGAAUGCAGUUGAUGGAAAUGCUGACAGUACAAAUGCUAGGAAGUGUUAAUAACUAAUGUAAUUUUUCUGAAAUUUUGAACAUGUUUGAACAACCCCAUGCCAACAGCCCACACUGAUGACCUAAUGUGAAGCACUGUGAAGAGAGUGCUUUUAAAAACCAGACUUCCACAUAAUUUAAAAUGUGAACAAAUUAAAAGUAUUACUUACAUUUUUAUGUAAUUGUCUAAAAUAAGCCUAUUUUAAUGUGGUCAUAAUGUAUUAAUAAUCACUGUGUUAAUAGAAAUUACAUGUCUUAACUGAUUUUCAACUAAACACAGUCAGAUACAUUACUACGUAGAAUUGGAAUAGUAAAAGAACAAUACACAAAAUUCAUAUUUGAGAUACUGAUUGGCAUAUAAACUGUUUUAUUCCUUCUCUUAGAUUUAUUUGUUUACAUCUGUAAGUGCUUAUUUUACCAACAAAACAAAUGAAAAUAAUUUAAAUGGUAUACUUUCCAUUAAAAAUAGCAUUUUUUAAAGUGAGAGAAUUAGUCAUUGUUAGUAAGUGACAUACUAUAAAUGUAUAUAUUAAAGUGUUAAGAAAAAUAAUGUAGUCAUUUGCAUAUAAGUUUACUUCAAAUACCCAAGAGCAGAAACUGAGUAUUAACAAUGAAGAAAUACCAUGAUACAAAGAAGAUAAUCUGAGUGUUGUUGCUUUUUUUAUGUGGACCAAUGUGAUGGAUUAAAAUUAGGUUGUAGCAGCUUGUGGUGUAAAGCCAAGUAAAACAAAAAAUGACCUAGUGAGAAUAAAUGUUUGUGCAUCAUACACAAGUUAACAGUACUACUUUAAUACUUUGAACUACAUUUAGAGCAUGCAGAAUGAACCCAUCUGUCCCUCACCUAGAUUCAUUGUGCUUGAAUACUGGCCACAACUGGAACUUUGCCUGCUAACAUAAAAUAUUUAAGUAAUUCUGUAGUAAUAAAUUAUUAUAUCUUUGUUAGAAAAUCAUAUACUAACACUUUUGUGUAUUAUUACCUUUAUAAUGUCCUUCUCCUCAGAAUUUAAGCAGUGUGCUAUUGAAACUAGGGUGAGCCUGAUGGAUCUUUUCUAUUCUACUUUGCAGAGCAAUGAUAAAUGUCUGUAAUGGGCCUAGAAAAUUUUGUGUACUGUAUUUCAUGAAUAACAUAAAAGUAAUGAAAAUGUGAUUCUGUAUCCUUUCACUAUUGUCAUCACCUAUCUGUGUGUGUGUGUGUGUGUGUGUGUGUGUGUGUGUGUGUGUGUGUGUGUGUGUGUGUGUACGUGUGUUUCCUUAAAACAAAAACAUCAAUUAUUUAUAUUGUUGUUUACUAUUUCAGUUUUAAAGUAAGUUGAUUAAUAUUAGUGAAGUCAGUCCUGUCAAAUUUGAAAUAUUCUUGACUAAAAAUUUAGAAGUAAAGUUAAAUGAUACAAUCAGAAAAUGGUAAUAUGUAUGAUUCAAGAGUUGUGGCUAAUUAAUGUAUUCAAAUUGAAGUUUCAAAAUCUUUCAUUCACUAUUCAACUGACUUAAUUGGAUACACACCAGUCAAGAAUAACGUUCAGGUUCAUAUAUGGUCACAGGAAAGAAUUAUGAUUUGGCAGAUACUAAAUGAAAGAAUUAAGUGAACUGUACAUAUAAUUAGUUUUGUAAUGUUAUGCAUAUAUAAAUGUAUUUAGUUAAUACUUACACAUUUAGGAAAAGCUGUUAACAUGUUGUAUAUGAAAAUGGUGUAGAUUACUGUGGUUUAAAAAAAUAAUAAAAAAUAAAGUGUUUUAAAACUUUAAA